AUGAUGGAUAAUAUUUUCAUUUGUGUUUUUAGUGCUUUGGCUUUAAGCUGUUUAGCAGAGGAAUUGCCUGCUGUGAAAACAAAAGUUGGGAAAAUUACCGGAUUAAGAGAAAAUACGAAUUUUCAAGGUAAACAGUAUGCAGUUGAUAGAUACCUCGGCAUUCCGUACGCAAAACCUCCUGUUGGCAACUUGAGAUUCAAGAAACCUGAACCUCAUAGUCCAUUUGUAGAAACGUUUCAUGCGGAAAAGUUUGGACCCGCUUGUGUUCAGUUUGACUGGAUGGGUUUGAUUCAAAAUACGUCGGAGGAUUGUUUAUCUUUGAACAUAUUCAUCCCGGUGCAAGAUCCGGACCAGUCUACGGGACAUGCUGUCUUGGUUUUUAUGCAUGGAGGUGGCUUUUCGAUUGGGGAAGCUGCUAUGUAUCCCGGCGAUAUUUUGGCAGCCGUCGGCAAUGUUAUUGUUGUGACAAUUAACUAUCGCCUUGGAUUACUUGGAUUUCUUGAUCUGGAUGAUCCACGUGUUCCUGGAAAUUUUGGUUUAUGGGACCAACACCAAUCUCUUGUCUGGGUGAAUGAAAAUAUUGCUAGUUUCGGUGGGGAUAAAAACCGCGUCACAAUUUUUUGGCCAGUCUGCAGGCUCUGUCGCUGUUCAACAUCAAUCAAUAUAUCCUAA